GCUGCACGGCGUUUGCUUUUCGAGACCGAAGUGAGUCAGUCAGUCAAGCGUCGACCAUCGCCGGGAUCGGCCGUUCGUUUGUACCUCCAACGAUCUUCCAACUACACUUUUCACGUUCCUCUCUCUCCGGCUAGUAUUCGUUAUGAAUUUUCCAACAACGAUCACCGUAAACAUUCAUCGAUCGUGACCCUGCCGCCCGUUAUCUCCGAAUCGUUAAAAACAACGACAAUUCGAUGGAGUUUAAUCGCGAUUUCAGUUGAUCGUUUCCAAAGUAACAAACGUAACAUCAAUCGAGGAUAAUAAUAACAGUUUUCCAAACACGAUAAUAAACAGUGCGUGAUACAUUAUAUAUAUAUAUAAUCGUGUUGAAAAUGUUGUCGCGGGACUUGUUGACUUUCGCGACUAUGGUGUCCAGUCUAACUGUGGUCGUUGGUGCUUCCUUGGACCUGGACUCCGGAGACUACGAGGUUCUCGCCGAUAACGAUGGGAAAUCCGAUGACAACGAUUCUCCGUACGUUCGCGAGGUGAGGUGUUAUUGCAAUCAACCGGAAUGCGUGCCCCAAGGAUACAUGUGCCGCGGUCGGGGCUGCUUCACCGAAUUACCAUCCAAUGCAAAUCCAUCGUUAUUAAGAGCGGAGCAUAACGCUUACAGCGGUUGUCUUGACGAGAACUUCAAAGAGCGGCAAUGUCCCACGGGAUACCUCUGUUGCGAGCAGGAUCUCUGCAACCACGUAGAUAGCCCAGCCAUGAGAAACAGGCUCAACAAGACUCUUCAAGUGUUGGUGGGUGACCAACGACCCUUUCUCGGCCCGGUGCAGCCGAUCAGUCACGGAGGUCAGUCGACGGACGGAUGGUUCAAGACGGCCACGAUCGCUGUGCCGAUUUGCGGUCUAAUCGUUCUACUGAUACUGGCCAGCCUCGCCAUUAGAUUGCUACAGCCUGUACAAGCGCAGAGCGACAAACUCGGACCACAUCGGAUGCCAGAUAACGGGCCGCCGCUAUUGGGACCACCGAAAGUGCCUCUCGUUUAAUUAAUCUCUCGCCAAUCCCAAAGACGUUCGAUAAUGAAGAAGAUGACGACGAAGAGAAGAAAAAAAGUGUUCUAGCGGUUAGAGACAUUUUUUUAGUAAGACUAUCUAGAAAAGCUAGCGGGCUUACAUAGCUCCACUUGGCUGUGAAUUUUUUGUGAAACAAAAAAGCGACUGCUGUAAAUUAUAACAUUGCGCGUUGUGCAUCGAUUGCUGCAUAUUCCUCCGUGUAAUUAACGACGAUAAAAUGUCGAAUGAUCACUUUGUGAGAUUCGAAGAGUGAGAAAGGGGCCGAUAGAACCGGGACCUUUGUACAUGACGUUAAUAGAACGAAGAAAGAAAAUGAGAAUUAAAAGAAGG